AUGCACUCUCAAGCUGAUCCUCAAUAUGGUUCUGGAUGGCACCUGUGUGUGACUGUGGGGGAACAAGCACCAUUGUUAAUAUACCCAGAGUACCGAAUUGAACUACCUGACUAUGAUUUUGUUGUUGCUGAACAACACAAGCUUAUCCCAUCAGUAUAUGGUGCACUAAUAUUUAAAAAUAAACAUUUAUCAUAUAGUGGUCCAACAUUUAUUAGUAUUAGAUCUGACAACCAUGAUCACUCGACAGCAUUCACCCAUUUAGCGGAUUUAUCAAAAUGCUUAUCAUUAGAUGAAUUUAAACAAUACUCAUAUACUGACAAUAAUGAAACCAAGCCAAUUUUUAUUGUAUUUACUGAUGGAAGACCUGAUGAAAACCCUAGUUUCAAUGUAUUAUUUGUUGCCAUAAAAGCACCAGGUCAUUCAGCUUUUAAUCCGAUUGAACGUCGGAUGGCUCCAUUAAGUCAUGAUUUAUCUGGCUUGAUAUUACCACAUGAUUAUUACGGAAAGCAUUUAAAUGAUGAUGGAAAAACAAUUAAUAUAGCUCUAGAACAACAAAAUUUUCAACGUGCUGGUGAAAGAUUACCAUCACCAGAACUUGAAUCAGAUGAUGAGUUAUUAGUUGUACCACAAGAAUUACAAUCAAGUGAUGAAAUAGUAGUAUCAAAUGAACUGAAUAAAUCAGCUGAAAAUGAUUCUGGUGUUGAAUUAAUUGCUGAUUAUGCUUCUUGGGCAGCUAGUUAUUUUUAA